AUGGCUGAUACUUUUUUGUUUGAUAUUGCUAAUUCGCUCUUAGGGAAGCUCGCUUCUUUUGCUUUUGAUCAAGUUGCUCGUGCCUAUAGCGUGUAUCAUGAUCUUCAAGAGAUGAAAACUACUCUAUCAAUUAUCACAAGUCUUUUGUUGGAUGCCGAGAAGAAGAAAAACCAGCAACAUGCUUUGCGUGAAUGGCUAAGGCAGAUUCAAAGCAUUUGCUCUGAUGCUGAUGAUGUUUUGGACGAAUUUCGUUUGCAUGUCAACCUGAAACGAGCUAUUGAAGCUUCUGGAAGCUCAAGGGUGAAGGUACGCCGCUAUGUUUCUUCCUCUAAUCCAACUGCUUUCCGUUUUAGGAUAGCACAUCAAAUUAAAGAUAUUAGAGGCAGGUUGAAUAAGGCUGCAGCCGAUGGAGCCUGGUUUGAACUUGUGAAAACCGAUGUUGAGCCCAGACAAAGUAGAGAAAUGACUCAUUCAUAUGUUGAUAUUUCAAGUGUAAUUGGGAGGGAGAAAGAUAAGGAAGUAAUUAUCCAGCUUUUGAAGCCAACUCAUCCUCACACGGAUGGUGAUCAAAGCCUAUGCGUUAUUCCCAUUGUGGGUAUUGUAGGCUUGGGAAAGACCACGCUUGCAAAAUUCUUGUUCAAUGAUCCGAGGAUCGAUCAUCUUUUCCAACUAAAGAUGUGGGUGUGUGCCUCUGAUGAUUUUGACCUCAGGAAGAUUCUUAUUAAAGUCAUCAAUUCAGCUUCUGUUGCUCACCAGGAGAAUAUGGACCACUUUGAUAUUGAGCAGCUACAAAGUCAUCUGAGGCGUAAACUUUCUGGUAAAACGUUUUUACUAGUGUUAGAUGACAUAUGGAAUGAUGAUCGUGUAAAAUGGAUUGAGUUGAAAGAUUUGUUAAAAGUCGGUACGUCAGGAAGUAAAAUCUUGGCAACAACACGGAACACAUUACUUGCUUCGAUGAUGGGUACAGUUCCGUCCUAUGUUUUAAAAGGUCUUGAUACAAAGAAAUGUUUAUCUCUGUUUGUCAAAUGGGCUUUCAAGGAAGGAGAAGAAGAAAAGUAUCCAAAUCUAGUAGAGAUCGGAAAAGAACUAGUCAAAAAAUGCGCAGGGGUUCCCCUAGCUGUGAGAACAUUAGGAAGUUCUUUGUUUUCAAACUAUGAUUUGCACAAGUGGGAAUUUGUAAGAGACCACGGAUUAUGGAAUUCAGAAAUGAAGAGAGGCGAUAUCCUACCAGCAUUACAAUUAAGCUAUGAUCAGAUGCCAUCUUAUUUGAAGCAAUGUUUUGCUUUUUUUUCCCUUUAUCCCAAAGGUUUUACCUUCGAUAGUGACACAAUUAUAAAUCUUUUUGCAGCCCUUGGGUUAGUUCAACCCCGAAAUGGAAGUGAAAAGAUAGAGAGUAUUGUAAGAGAAUAUAUAGGUGAGUUAAAUUCACAAUCAUUUCUUGAGGAUUUCAGAGACUAUGGCUACUAUUACAAGUUCAAAGUACAUGAUUUGAUACACGAUCUUGCAAUAUAUGUUGCAAGAGAGGACUUUGUAUUGGUAACCUCUGAUAAUCAAAGUAUACCAGAGCAAGCAAGGCAUUUAUCAAUUUUAGAAAAUGUUUUAUUUGACCAUACUUUGAUUUCCAAGUCCAAAAGAGUGAGAACUAUAUUAUAUCCUGUUCAAGGAGUGGGUCUUGAAAGUAAAAAUCUUUUGCACACAUGGUUAUUAAGGUACAGAUACUUAAUAUACUUAGAUUUAACUAGUUCUUCAUUUCAGACUCUGCCAACCUCAAUUGCCAAAUUGAAGCACCUGUGUGUUCUCUAUAUUCUAAAUAACCGCCAAAUCAAAACACUUCCCCGCUCUAUUUUCAAACUCCAAUGUUUGCAAGUUUUGUCCCUCUUUGGAUGCACGGAACUUGAAACAUUGCCCCAAGGAUUCCAGAAGUUGACAAGCCUUCGAAAGCUGUAUAUAACCACAAAACAACUUUUUCUGUCACUGGAUGAAUUUGCAAGCUUGAAUCAUCUUCAAGUUUUGGGUUUAUAUCGUUGUGACAAUAUGAAGCUUUUGGUCAGCGGGGCACAAACACAACUCACUUCCCUCGAAACAUUGCAUAUUCGAUCUUGUAAGAGCUUGGAGUCUUUCCCUCUUUAUAUUUUCCCGAAAUUGCAAAAUCUGGUAAUUAAAGAUUGUCGGAUGUUCAACCUGUCGUUGAACUAUGAAGGCCCAAUUCCGAGAUUGAGGUUGAAACAUCUGCAUCUUAAGAGUUUUCGACGACUUCUGAAACUUCCUAGAUGGAUUGAUGAUGCAGCAGAGACUUUAGAAACCUUGAAAAUUAAAAAAUUUUCAAAUCUCAAGAUGCUUCCUGAGUGUCUAACAUUAAUGACUCAUCUCAAGAGACUAUAUAUUGAUUCAUGUCCUCAACUUUUGAGUCUUCCACGUGACAUGCAUCGUCUCACUGCACUUGAAGAACUUCACAUUUAUCGUUGUCCUGAGUUGUGCCAAAAAUGUCGACCACCAUCUGGGGAGUACCGGCCCAUGAUUGGCCACAUCAAGCAAAUUUCCUUUGGAAAACAGUAA